GUGUCCAUAGGAAGAGUGCCACGUCUGUGUCACUUCUCCACUUAGCCACCACUGACUGGUAAGGGUGCUAGCUAGGUGUAAAGCGUCAGUUGCUGUCAGCGUACAGCGGGCACCUUAACACUGGAGUACCGACCCAGUCUGAACCAUACAUUUUAACAGCUGAUCACUGAUCGUGGUUCUUCCGUGGUAGUACAUUUGCACCAUGCAUCUAGUCCAUGUUGUUUUUACUGUACUAUCCUUGUGGCUGCGGGCGUGCUGUGUAGGGGCCAUCUCCUUCCACUUGGAACAAAACUCCGUUAAGUGUCUGAAAGAGGAAAUCCACAAGAAUGUCCUGGUGACAGGCGAGUACGAGGUGGAAGAGCAGCAAGGUUUAAAGACAGACCUCAAGGUGACUGACUCGUCAGGACACAUUUUGUACUCCAAGGAAGAUGCCCAUAAGGGAAAGUUUGCUUUUACAACUGAUGACUAUGACAUUUACGAGAUGUGUUUUCAGAGCUGGCUCACUGAAGGGAGCAUCAGAGUUCCAGACCAGCUGAUCAUUCUGAAUACAAAGCAUGGAGUGGAAGCCAAGAACUAUGAAGAUAUUGCAAAGGUUGAAAAGCUAAAACCUAUGGAACUAGAAUUAAGACGUUUGGAGGAUCUGUCAGAGGCCAUAGUGAAAGACUUUGAAUAUAUGAAACAAAGAGAGCAAGAGAUGAGAGACACCAAUGAGUCCACCAGUGCUCGAGUACUGUACUUCAGUAUCUUCUCCAUGCUGUGUCUGGUCUGCCUGGCUACAUGGCAAGUCCUCUAUCUCCGCCGCUUCUUUAAAGCCAAGAAACUUAUUGAGUAACUCUUUGAUGAGACUACAAUGUCCUGAAGACAGCUUGUGGAGACUUGGAUACUGCUAUGAUGGAGUUGGACUGGAAUUUAAUAUUUGAAAUAAAAUAAAACAGAAGAUGAUGUUCAGAAGCCUAAGUUGUUCUCCUCACCCCUUUUAAGAAUGUUUUUCAUAGUCCUAUUCUGCCAUGCCUUUUGGUUGUCUCCACAUGUAAAAAUUCCUGAAUUUGAUUAUGAUCAAAGAAUGGGUGAAAUGAAGGCUUCCAGAAAGGAGGCUUAGUGCUGUUUGAAUAGGUGUGUCCUGAUUUUUCAGGAAUAUCUUCAUAUUUGCUUUAUAGACAUGAGACAACAUAAGAGCAGAAGAUUACUUUUGUAAAUGUAGCUGGGUGCAUUCUAUAGUCUUUUUAUGUGGUUUUAUUAUUUGAAUUCUUAACUUAUCCUUUUUGUACUACAUCCCCCAAGCUCACACACACACAUGCAUCUGUUGAUUUAAAGUUAUAUUUAGAUAUGGUAACAUCCACUGGUUAUGACAUACUACCUUGAACAGCUCAGAUAUUAGGUUCCAUUGUCAUCUAACUUUAGAGUGAGGGGAAAAAAGUACCAUAUUAUUGGAUAAGUGAUGUGGUGUCUCAAGAAGAUUCUACUGUUAUAACAUGGGAGCCAAACUGUCUCUCUCUGUGCUGAAGGACUGGGCAGUUUCCAUCUAUCCCAUGACCUGAGCCUUUACAAUAAUAUAGGUUUAAUAUUCUUUUACUUUCCAAGUUGCUAAUAAUAAACAUCUUUUAACAGAAGCCUCUGCACAAUUGUAAAUUAAUACAUUAUCCUCAUCUACAUAUCUCUAAUUGUAUAAGAAAUACAGUGAUAAACACUUUCCCAUUCAUUUUGGACUGGCAUUUUCUGCACAUUAGCUCCAUACACUUCAGGUUUGCUACACGAGGCUUACAGAAGAAAUAUAACAUUAAAGUUAUUGCAAAAGCUAUCCCUCUUUCUCAAGUGUUCACAAUUGGGCUUUUGGGAUAUAUUUAUUGUGAACUAUAUUGCAUUUUGCCUAAAUAUUUAUCCUUUAUGCUCUUCUGUAUAAAGAAAUUAAUACAUUGCUCCUUCAUUUUUCAUGAAACAGAAUGUAUUUCAAAAUGCUUGUAAAAUUCUGAAAUGGUAACAGAAACAGAAAUGGCACUGAUUUCAACAAAAAAUAAAUGGCAAGGUUUGUUUUUAA